CACGUUCUCCCGAGGGGGGAGCGGCGACGCGACGCGACGCCACGCGUCGCGGUGUCCGAUCGCGAAAGGAAGAGGUAAAGAUUCCGAGCAGAAGAGAAGAGACGGCUGCUGCUGCUACUGCUGAUAAACAUGUUACGUCCGCGCGAAAGGAGAUCGUACGACGUGCGUCAACCGAAAUCCCGAGCUGUCGUAGCUACCAAAUAAGUCCGCGCGCGCGGCACGAAGAUGGCCUCAUCCACGAGGAGAUCCUGGAAGCUCCAGGAAUUUGUUGCCCAUACGCCAAAUGUCAAUUGCUUGGCAUUAGGCCACAAGUCUGGUCGUGUCUUAGUAACUGGUGGUGAAGAUAAAAAGGUAAACCUAUGGGCCGUUGGAAAGCAGAACUGUAUUAUGAGCCUAAGUGGCCAUACUACUCCCAUAGAAUGCGUACGCUUUGGCCAGACAGAAGAUUUAGUAUGCGCUGGCUCACAGACAGGUGCAUUGAAGAUUUGGGACCUGGAACAUGCCAAAUUAGCACGCACACUAACAGGACACAAAUCCGGAAUACGUUGCAUGGACUUCCAUCCUUACGGGGAACUGCUCGCUUCCGGGAGUUUGGAUACGGCGAUUAAAUUGUGGGAUAUUCGCAGAAAAGGCUGUAUUUUUACAUACAAAGGACACAAUAGGACUGUAAAUAGCUUAAAGUUUAGUCCUGAUGGACAAUGGAUUGCUAGUGCUGGAGAGGAAGGAAUGGUUAAGCUGUGGGACCUAAAGGCCGGUCGACAACUAAGAGAAUUUUCAGAACACAGAGGUCCGGCCACAACUGUUGAGUUUCAUCCGCACGAAUUUCUAUUAGCCAGUGGUAGUGCCGACAGAACGGUACACUUUUGGGACUUAGAAUCAUUUCAACUCGUAUCUUCCACAGAACCAAGUUCUUCGGCCAUACGAUGCCUAUACUUUAGUCAAGGUGGGGAAUGCCUGUUUGUUGGUAGUCAUGACGUUUUAAAAGUUUAUGGCUGGGAACCAGGCAGGACAUUGGACACGGUACCCACCGGCUGGGGAAAAGUCCAAGACAUAGCCGUCGCUCAAAAUCAAUUGAUCGGUGCGACUUUCCACACCGCGAGUGUCAUUUUAUACGUGUGCGACUUGAAAAAAAUUGCACCAUUGGGAGGAAUAUCUGCUGUCAAUUCGCCGUUCAGUCAUGGAAAUUCUCUGAGGAAAAGCUUCUCCAGGGAACGACCGAUCGGAUCGAAGAAACACACAUUAGACGUAAGAACGAUAGAAGAGGCAGACAAAUCCGGCACGGAUCCGGAGGAUGAGGCUACCUAUGCAGAUAUACCCAACGUAACCGACUACAGAGACAUUUUCCAGCCGAAUAGGGCGUUGUCUCGCACACCACCUCCCGAAUUUUCCGAGGCUUUCCAGGAGCCUCAUGAUAUAGAUCCGACGCAGCCGCAGAUAUUACGAAAUCUCUCUACCUCAAUGUCGAACCUGAGCACAAUGGAACGUGAGGAAGUGCCACCAGUUUCAUUACCCUCGUCGCCACCUCCUCCGGCGCCCACGUUGUCCCUGAUGAAGCCGGUACCGGUACCGGUACGCGUUCAGCCAAUUAAAUCGUCGCCACCGAUUCAAAGAAAUCCGAUCACAUCAACGAGUCAAAUCAGAGCAAAUCUACAGGCGAACAAUAGUCUUAACCAACGAGCCUCCAAGAACUGCGCAUCCAUACCACCGUUGAGGCAGAACAUCACACCGCUUCCGGGCAAAAGGGUAAGCAUGACCGAUCAAGCGGUCCCGGCGGCACCCUUAGGACCACAAAGAUCGAAUUCGACUUUGACACCGCGCGUCGCGCCAAUGGCCGCGGUGAUUCCCGUAAUGGACGACGGCAAAUUAAAGAAUAGAGUACCUAGCCCGGAUUCUCCGAAGUAUUAUCUGAAAAGGCAGAACAGCAGGGAUGGAGAGCAGCAGGGAUAUGAAAGUGAUUAUCCUGUACAAAUUAAUAACAUAAGGCACAGUCCAUCCGAUCCCGCGCUGAACAGGCCGAACACCGCGCAAUCGAGGUCGACAUCGCUCAAUCGAAACUUCGCUACCUCAACCGUACUGUCGGCGCGCAAUAUCUCCACGACCACGUUGUUACCCACGAAGAAGGCACCUAACAAAGCGCAGAUUUCGCCGAAUCCCAAGGUCGACGUACGCGUCUCACAGAUAAGAAACAAUGUUGAAGAAACGGACAAGGAAGAACUAGUGCCGAUGAGCGCUGACAAGCCUUACGGUUUGGACGUUGAAAAUUUUCUACCGCAAAGUUACACCGGUUCCACAUCAUUAAGUUAUUCUCAAAUAGGCGUGCUGACGGAAAUGUCGGAGGCCGAAGUGUUGAAUAGCAUGAUGCGCAGCCACGACUCGAUGAUGGCGGUAUUUAAAAAUCGGCAUCGCUCAUUACAGAUCAUAUAUUCUCUUUGGCACAACAAGGAUCUCAAGGCCGCGAUGGAAUCUGCGGUCGCGAUGAACGAUUUAGCAAUCAUCGUGGAUCUCUUGGGUAUUCUGACAUUAAAACCAGCGAUGUGGAACUUGGAUCUAUGCAAUUGCUUAUUGGGUCCUAUUAGCGAUCUCCUUCAAAGUAAAUACGAAAUGUACAUAACUGUAGCUUGCUCGGCCUUAAGACUUAUUCUUCGUAAUUUCGCAUCGGUGAUAAAAUCCAACGUGGAAGCGCCCCUUCACACGAUCGGCGUUGAUGUGUCGCGAGAGGAACGGUACCACAAGUGCCUCUCUUGCUACGAGAAGCUCUCGGCGAUACGGGCGAUUCUGUUGAAGAAGCAAUCGACGUCCGGCAAACUUGGCGCCUCAUUCCGCGAGCUGGCUGUACUCAUCAGAAAUCUCGAGUGACCGAAACUACGUCGUCUGAGACCCUCGUGAAUUCGACCGCCAAUAUCGUCGAUGGUCAACGACCGUCGGUUUCCUGAUGACGAGGGCCGCGUCGCCGCCACGACGGUGCAAAGCGAAUAUCGAGAAGCAGCAAUGAAGCUCGCCGUCGCCUCGUAUCGAGGAAUAUGCGUCUGUAAAAAUUCAUUCCUGUUGCUGUUAUCGCCUUCUUCCGCUGCUAUCGAUCGAUCGUCUUCUCCUCGUCAUUGUCAUCCUUGCGGCUAUGCCAAUUCUCGAAGAAAGCGAACAAAAUUGCGAGAUUCUUUAUUUAUUUACCGAAGGGCUGAACAAGUCGCGAAGUUUGUCAUCAUUGAUGGAAAAAGAGAGAAAAAGAAAGAGAAGGAAAAUGUCGAUGAAGGUAAGGAAAGAAAGAAGUUUGUAUGAAGAAAAGCGGAGUUAGAUAAAAGACGGGUGAAAACGAGAAAAGGCAUUGUCACCAAAUGUGUUUAAUGCUAUACUGAAGCAUCAGAAAGUGACCUAAGUAGUUUUAUAAAUAUAAAUUUUUCUGGGUAUUUUUUAAAUAAUUUCUUUCUCUUUUAUAGUUAGUUCGAAUUAUAGUUUAAAUUAAAUUGUUUUUUAGAAGCUUUAAUCUAAUAAAUACCCAUUAUUUAUGAUAUUUUUAAUGCGAUAAAUAAAAAUAUAUAAUGUAUUGAUUUAAAAAAUAAUUUAAUUUAAUUAAUUAAUCAAAGAAAAGUAUGAAAAAAUUAAACUUAUUUUUUGCAUCAAAAAUAUUCUUUUUGUUGUCAAUGUGUAUGAACUAUUUAUUAUAAGUAAAACGAUAGCAAGAAAAUGAAUUUUUUAGAUUCCGAUGCGUCAGUAUAUCGAUUUUGAAGUAUUCGCAUAGGGAUUGAAAUGAUCAAGAACAAUAUUUAACGAGCGUCGUGUUGUUCGAAAUAUCUACGCAGCACAAAAUAAAGUCACACCGAAACAAUUCGCGAGGAUUGCGUGGCCGAUAUAUUUUCCGCUCUUCUUGCCACAGAUCAUACACGAUCAUCGAACAUACGGCUGAAAUUAGCCUUAAUUACGGAGGGAUGAAACGCGACGACGAUCACAACUUUCAUUAACGAAACGUAACGUAAGUAGAUAGGUAACGUGUAACAUACCUUUCUUAGCAUACGAGAGAAAUUGUAUUUUUGCAAGAGGCAUUUGCGUCCCUUCACUAAUAAAGUAUUUUAAUCGUAGGAGUAUAAUACCUUGACUCCUGAAAAUAAAUCGUAACUUAAAUAAAAGAGCCUAAGUAUAAAAAGCGAAUAUGUACGUGUCUAAAGAAGCGAGAAGGAUCGAAAAAUGGACGGGGAGAGCGUGUCGAACGAUUUGCGUUUUUAUACUCAUUUAAAUAAUUUUUUUUAUAGAAAUAUGUAUGUUAUUUAUGAACAUUUUACUUUAGCGUUGUUUGUUAUUCAACAAGCUAAAUAGAAAUUGUUAUCAAUGAAGCGAUGAGUAUAUAUCGCUGUUACACGCACUAUACGUGCUUUUAAAAGGAUAUUCGAAAAACUUUAUAUACUCAAAAUAUUACUAUCGCCGAAAACAAACGUUUUAAUUAGCAUCGAAGUGCGAGAGGUAAAAUGAAAGAGUAAAAUGAAUACAGCCCAGUGAAGAUAUUUUUUGUGACAUUUCAUUUUGUCGUGUUUUGUCGUAAGACGAGCUAAAAGGUAAUGAUAGAACGACAAGCUCUAACUAAACAACUUAAGUAUCCGCUUAUCAUUCUGUGAAACAACAAUCUCUUAUCAGACGUUACAACUUUAUAAAUCAAAUCAGUAUUAUGCCAAACAGUAUUUUUUAUGCUGAAAUAUUUUUUACACUCAUUUUAUUUCUACGCAUUUAGUGCUCAAUGUUGUUAGCGACUUCGAUAUUUAUUACCUAAAAUAACUAGAAAGGUAUCAUUAGAAUGAAAUAGCGACUUGAAGAGAUUAGAAGAAUUAGUGUCAAUCAUUACCUUUUAUCUCAUAACGAUAAUAUUCUCAUUUCUAUAUUUAUAUUUAACUAUUUUUGAAAUUAUGUUUCAGUGACAAUAUCGAUUCGAUAAGAAAUGAGUGAUAAUUUAAGAUUAUGAUUUGGUUAUAUAUACCCGAUAAACAGCAAAAGUGCCAAUAAUGUUUAAAAACCACCGACGAAGAACAUUCCAGGACAUAUAAUUCUGACAUAUUUUCUAAUUUCGAUUUAAUACCAUUUAAAUAUUAAUGUGUACGAAAAUUUUCUGACAUCAUAAAAUCAUACGGAGCCAUAAAGUUAUGGAAGAUCGAUAAAAGCAAAUAUAAGUUAAAUGUGGCUUGGAGUAGUCUUCAUUUGUUAUUGUCGUCUAAUAGUUAAUAUUUUAUUCCUGAUUUUUUUAGUAUGUGUAUUAUUUAAAUUAAUGUGUAUUAAAUUAUAAUUUUUUAAGAGUUUAUGUUUCGGCGAUCGUUCGGCUUUCCCUUCCAAUAUAACGGAAGGCGAUUAUGAUUUUUGCGACAAGGGAGGAUUAUUUAUCGUUAUUAUAUAUAGUGUACAAUUCUUGCGAUUAUGCGAUCAACCUUCAUUCCCGUGUUUUUGAGAGAACACAAAAGUGCGUUACACAAAUAAGAGGAUGUCUAAGAGAGACAGAUAAAAAUUUUCACAACAUAUUGCCUCGAAGUAUUAUACAAUAAAAUGUACAACUCUUUCGUUAUAAUUUUA